AUAGCCACUGGAAGAUCACACCAUUACAACUUCUAGGCUGCGGGCACUUCUUCCUUCCGCUCAGUUGACCAAGGGCGGCCAAAUAUCCGACAACGAUGCCUCGUUACGUUAUGUGAGAUGUCUUGCGUAGGACUGACCGCUACAUGCGCUGUGCAUGAUAACAGUAUGGACCUGAAGAAGAUGAACUGAAGUUCUUCGGAGGCGUGCUUGUGCGGCCAGUUAUUUGAAUGCGAGUAAUUUUUUUCCCAUCGUGAAUCGUAAGCUUCCUUCGUCUUGCUCUGCUUUAUACCUGACCCGCCCUCUGAACGUGCUACGUGACUUGCGUGAAUGGCAAGGAGAUUAUAAGCGGCGUUCGGUGAUAGUACACCGUGACGCCUCAGAAUGCAAUUUCCUGUGCAUGCCAUUUAUGUCCUCGGAAAUAUACAUCGUGUUACCCCGACAACACUUCUUCCCUCUUCAUUUCAUCCGGUCGCUUUUCUUCGUAGGCUAGCUUUGUGUCUUUGCAAUCACGUGCUCUACAGACCAGCAAUCAUAUCCUCUGGCUUUUCGGUUAAUCGACCGGAAAUGUUAACGGUUUGUCAGGUUUCACGACGCUAAAGGGUGGUGGUGCAUCAUUCAAUAGAUUGUGUAGGCUUACAAAGACUCUGGAUUCUAUUUCACUAUAUAGAGCUGCAGAAGUGUUUCCUUGUAGUCGACCGCAACCUCCGCUGGUAACAACAUAAGUAGUUCCGGUACGAACAUGGUCAUUUGUUUGGUCUUGCUAUACUACAUCCCCAUCAUAAUUACCUGAUUUGGACUUCUGUUGCACCGAUCGAGAAUGACGGUGCUUCUUUUCUCUUUAACUCUCGAUGACUUUGCUCUCAACUUUCAAUGUAUAACUGUUUGAUAUCGACGCUAAACCCUUUUUACUGAAUAUUUGAAUAUGCGCAACCUUUCCUUACUUGGAACUACGCACCACACUCAUACUCCGACCUUGGGCGAGUCCAUCUCUGCGGUGACAUUCGAUCUCGACGAAAGUGCAUUGUUUACUGCCACCGAACAUGUAUCGAAAGAUGGAGACGUGCAGGUGAAGGUUUGGAAAAUCGAAGGAAAUGAUGGUUUAGGAUCUGAUGAUAUUUUGUCCAAUCACCUCGUCACCAUAUUCACUUCCUCAGCAUACUUGAAGUCGAACCCCUGGUCUUCCCCUCAUGAAGGUCCCGCGGAGCUUGUCUCCUUUAAAAUCCUCCCUGACACUCGCACUCUUGCUUUUAUCAUGAGAGGAGGCGACAUUGCUACAGCGAGUCUCUCUGAGGGGUUGAUUGAGGUCGAUAUAGUAGGAUCUAUUGAAGCGGGAAUCGCAGCCGCGUCGUGGAGCCCAGAUGAUUCCCUUGUUGUACUUGCGACAGCUGAUGAGAAACUCAUCCUUAUGACAUCCACCUUUGACGUUGUCUCAGAGACAACUUUGCACCCAAGCGACUUCGGUGAAGAUGCUCCUAUUAACGUGGGAUGGGGUUCCAAACAGACACAAUUCCAUGGAUCUUUGGGCAAAGCUGCAGCACAAGCUCCUAAACCUACACUUGUCGGUGCAAGCCCUGAUGAUGACACCCUCCCACGGAUUAGUUGGCGGGGCGAUGGAGCCUACUUCGUUGUUUCAAGCCUGUCGCCUGUCCCAGCAGAUCCGGAAAACCCUUUGAGGCAUCGCACCCUCCGUGUAUACUCGCACGCUGGUAUUCUGCAGAACACAUCUGAACCAACUCCCGGUUUCGAACAUACUCUUUCAUGGAGACCGUUAGGCAACUGGAUCGUCGGGACUCAGCGAUAUGGGUUUGAAGGCGGUGGAAUUGGCCGAGAAGGAAGGCACGAUUUAGUCAUGUUCGAGAGGAAUGGUUUGAGGAGAGGCGAGUUUGGCAUUGAGAAGAUGCUGUGGAACGGGCAGGUUAGCAAAGAUUCAGAGAUGGCACUGAAAUGGGGCUAUCGAGUAAGAGAGGUAGGGUGGAGCUCUGACUCCAACAUUCUGUCUAUCUGGAUAGAGAGGGACGAGGGAGACGUCGUUCAACUCUGGACCACGGGCAACUAUCACUGGUACCUUAAACAUGAGAUUGCAGCUCCUCCUGAUCACCAUGGUAAAGCGGGUCGCUUCACAGCUGUCGUGUGGCACCCGGAAGAUGCGCUGAAGCUAAUCUUGACCACUCAAUCACGGGUUGUCCAAAGAACCUAUGUGUGGGAGACAUUCGCCUCCAGAUGCAAACCAUCAAAUGAUUCUGGUUCAGUGGCGGUUCUUGAUGGAGCGUCCAUUCUCUUGACUCCUUUCCGACCUCAAAAUGUCCCACCUCCCAUGUCUGCAUAUCAACUCGCACUCUCAAGCUCAUCUUCGUCUUCGGGCAGUUCCAAAACUUCUCACACUGUGCCCAUACAUGUGUCAUUCUCACCUAGGAAGGAUGUCUUGACCGUGCUUCAAGAGUCUGGGUACCUUGAAGUCAUCGAUUUGCAUACCAGGCUGGGUCCCGGCCGUGGCAAAGUUAUGGAUCAUGCUCAUCUCUGGGCAGGUGCCGUGGCCGUCAAUGAUUCCUCGACUGCCUAUCGGCAAGUCAUUCAAUGGGCUCAAGAAUGUGACGCGUCAGACAUAAUCCGCCUAGCAGCGUUAGGUUCGGACACGAACGACUUCAUAUCAGUCCUCACUCUUGCGGGGUCGGAAGUAAAUGAACGCUACGAUGUUGGCUUACCAGAGCGGAACGGCCGCCUUCUGUAUACAGACCAGUCCUUGUCAUGGCAGGGACCAGAUGGGCAGAUCUACGAUUGUGAGUUAUGUCGAUUUCGUGGCAACUACCAAGCUGAAACCGCUGUUGUAGACGACAUAUCCGAGAAAACAUUCCUGCCCUCCGCGAAGUUGCCAGAUUUCUGUUCUGACGCCGAGUGCGUAAAUGUGCAUCCCGAAGGGCGCACUUCGGGUGCACUACAAGAUCAGUCUGUUCUGUAUGUCGGUCUAUCGCAGGGUAACAAGCUAUCAGUUGCCAAUUCGCAAACGUCUCAGACACUCGCCUCUAACGUGAACUCGUUCUUUAUUGCAUCGGAUUUCCUUAUCUUUACGACCACUGCGCAUGUUGCACAAUUCGCACCUUUGGAAGCGCUGAAGUCUCUGCUGGAAUCGCCUGAUCCAAAUUCUCCUAUUCCAGAAUGGGAGACGCGAAGAGUCGAACGAGGCUCUCGGAUCGUCACUGCUGUUCCUACCACAAUGAGUCUUGUGCUCCAAAUGCCAAGAGGAAACCUUGAGACAAUCUACCCGCGACCGUUAGUGAUGAAGAUCGUCAAGCAAGACUUCAAUCAGAAGCAAUACGCGAAGGCUUUCUCUGCCUGCAGACGCCACCGCGUUGACCUCAACGUCUUCUUGGAAUACAACAGAGAGGCUUUUAUGGCGGAUCUGACCCUCUUCAUAGAUCAAGUUGACGACGUAGAUAACAUCAAUCUAUUCCUCACCAGCAUUGGACAGGGCUCACUACCAUCGGAGGUUGUGGCACACGUCUGUGACGGUAUCCGUCUCGAGCUGGAGAAAAGGGAUCUCAAGAAAUACAUCAGCUCAAUACUGACUGCACACGUCAUGAAGCGUCCUCCCGAUCACGAAUCUGCGCUUUCCUUGUUGUUGCGUCUGCGAGAUACCGAGCCCCAGUUGGUUGAAGACGCCGUAAAGUACAUAAUCUUUCUGGUUGAUGCUGACAAGUUGUUUGAUACCGCGCUUGGAAUGUACGACUUCUCCUUGGUACUUAUGGUUGCUCAAAACGCACAGAAGGAUCCAAGAGAAUACCUCCCGUUCCUGCGUGAACUUCGAGCGUUGGACAAGUACUACCAGCAUUUUCGGAUCGACGACCAUCUCAAACGAUAUGAGAAGGCUCUUAAGGAUCUUAGUCAAGCAGGUCCCGAACGCUUUGAUGAAGCCAUGUCCUACGUGGAGAAACACCAAUUGUAUGACGCCGCAUUGACAAUCUGGCGGGAUACAGAUCAUUACAAGACUGUUUUGAGUAUCUAUGGCGACUGGCUCUUUGAACGUCGAGAAUUUCGGGAUGCAGCGUUUGUCUUCAGACACGCCGGCAAGCCGGCUAAAGCGAUGAUUGCAUACGAGAAGUCCCUGGAUUGGCGAGAACUCUUUGAGAUCGCUCUUGAUGAAAAGGUUUCAGAAGAGGACCUCAAUGCAACUGCUUAUCGAGUAGCUGAGGACUUGUCGUCCAAGAAACGCUAUGCGGACGCAGCUCACGUACUUCUGGAUUAUGCCAAGGACAUCCGUGAGGCUGUCAUCUCCCUCGUUCAGGGCAAUCACUUCUCAGAGGCUCGGCGUAUAAUCGCCCUCCAUUCGCUUCCUACACUAUUGGAGGAAGUGAUCUACCCAGCAGCUUUGGAAAGUCGAGUACAAAUCGCUGAGGAUCUCGGCGAGAUGAAAGAGCAGCUGCGAAAGCAAGUUCAGCGGUUGAGGGAGUUGCGUGUCAAAAAGGCAGAAGAACCUGAUGCAUUCUACGGUGUCGAAGACACGGAUCUGCACAAUGUUGACGUGAUGACAGAUAUAUCCAUGGCCCCAACUGCGUUCACGCGUUAUACUCAAGCGCCAUCUUCCGUUUCUCGAACAUCCAAGCGCAGCUCUCGCUCGAAGAGGAAGAUGGAACGCAAGAUUGGUUCAGGCAGGAAGGGCACUGUCGACGAAGAGGAGUAUCUUCUGAAAUCCGUAACGAAGCUAGUUGGCCGAUUCAACACUACGCAGGCUGAGGCGAUUUCUCUGCUGCCUCAUUUAUUCCAAUUCAGCGAGGAGCAUCGUGAGGAAGGUCUCGCAUUGCAGCAAGAAUUGAUGGAAUUCGAGGAGGAGUUGAAACAGGCCGUUGAGGAUAUCUGGAAGAAGAAAUCUGCGGAGGCGGAAGGUGCGGAACCUUUUGAGGACGGUUGGGCGGCCCGAAUGCAGGAGUACGAGAAGCAAAGACAAAUCGAUCCGCUGGAUAAAGUCGCUAGGCCGGAUCUCAUGAAACGCGAUUGGAAUCCAAAGCUAUCUAUCAUUGGUAACAAAAGCAAGUAGCAGUUUACUUUCCACAUUAUUUGUAUAAGAUUUGUAGUGGUAGUUUUUAGACAGAUUUCGCUAACGUUUUCAGAGGGUUCAUUUCGCUCGUUGUAGUGUAUAUAUGCAAUACAACUGCGAAGAACUUCUCGAUUAUGGCCCCGACGCAAAGACAUGAUUCGCCUUCUGGUUGGUGCACCUCAAAUUCGCCCUUCUUUCUCGUUACAGUAAUAGACAUGGGCAAUACGAUCGCUACGAGGCAAGCUACCU